AUGGCAGUACCUUCGCUUAACACAUCUCAUCCGCGAUUCCAUAUUCCCCACAUUUUGCAGCGAAUUGAAUUGGACUCGGUACGAUGGGUGAGCUCUAGUCGUGGCGAAAUGAUAGCAGUCGCGGCACAACAGUUCGUUCGUAUCUACGACUUGGAUAUCGAAGCAAAACCUUCUGUCUUCGAAUUCGUCCUUCCACUCGGCGAUGUUACCGAACUGGCUUUCUGUACGUUUGUCUCUGUGCUCUUGUUUUCACAUGAGCGUACGGACAAAUCAGUUUGCCUCAUUGUUCUCUCAUCCGAAGGGCAUUUGUACGUGGAAGAGCUGGAAAAAGCACGUUGUGUCGAGGAAGCAUCUUAUUAUUUGACUGUUACAAUUGCACUCCCAACAGCUUCCAGCGCUGUAUCAAUGCAUUAUUCAUGCGAAACACGUAUUUUGUUUGUUUCAUUGGAAGGUAUGUUGCUUCUUUGA